AAGAAAAAAAAAAGAUGAAUCCAUCUUUUACAUCCGUAGUAGAAUAUCAUGAACAGGAUCAUCAUCAUUUAGCUAAAAUACAACGUGAUAUCAUUAACGAAAAAGGCCAACUACAAUCAACGUCCAUUUUAUCAAUUCCGUCCAUUGAACAAAACAACAAUCAAGAAAAGAAUGAAGCUGAUAAUAAAACAAGUAUGAUGGCAUGGUUAUUGGUAGUUGUCGUGAUCUUGAUUAAUAGCUCAUCGGCAAUGAUGUGGAUGACCGCUUCCAGUGUUCCUGUUUCUACUUCAGUUUAUUUCAACAUCUCAUUGACUCAAGUGAAUUGGAUUUCUAAUGUCUCUGCUAUCAUCAACACUGUGUUUUCUUUACCUUGCGCAUGGAUUUAUGAAAAAUAUGGUCUCAAGUUUUCGAUUAUCCUGGCUGGUUUACUCAAUAUGAUUGGUUGUUGGUUACGCUGUAUUGCUAUUUUAGUGAAUAAUGAUGCAAAGUAUGCCGUUCUGAUGCUUGGUCAAUUUGUUGCUAGUUUUGGUGGUCCUCUUGUCUACAAUAUUGCUGCAAAGCUUACGGCUGUUUGGUUUGCUGCAAAAGAUCGAUCUAUUGCCAAUACCCUUAUAUCUUUACAAGUAGGAAUGGUAUUAGCCCCUCUUGUCAUACCUCAAAUUGUCAAAACACCAGAUGAUGUACCUCGCAAUUUGCUGAUAUUGGCUGGCGUCGCUACUGUGGUAACUAUUCCAUCUUUCUUUUUACCAAGUCGACCAGAGCAUCCUCCCACUAAAAGUGCACUUGCUGAACGGAUGGAUUUCAUUGAAGGUAUGAAACAACUGGCGAAAAAUUCGACUUUUCGAUGGAUAUUGUUAUUGGCUUCUUUGAAUAUGGGUAUGGCGUAUUCUGUCUCUGUUUUAAUUAUUGAAGCCAUUAUGCCAUUGGGUUAUUCGGAUCAAGAUGCUGGUAUUUGUGCUGCUAUGAUUGUCAUUGCUGGCUUUGUUGGAGGAUUCAUGAGUGGCUAUUGGGCUGGAAAGACUGCUCAAUACUUGAUGUUGAUCAAAAUGUUUGCUCCUUUCGUAGUGUUUUCUUAUGUUAUUUUUAUUUUCCAAAUUAUUCCGAAUGCUUUUGGAGCCAUUAUCAUUGCUUGUCUCAUUAAUGGAUUUUUCUCCUUUGGUAUAUUUCCUGUUAUGUUGGAAUUCAGUAGUGAAGUGACGUAUCCUGUACCUGAAUCCAUCAGCUCAUGUGUAAUUUGGACCAUGGUGACUACGGCAAUGCUUAUCUUUUCAGUGAUGAUAGACGCGCUACGAGCUGGACCUCAAGCCAAUCCUCCGAACAACAUGACGCAUUCUAUGGUGGCAGUAGCAGUGGUGAUAGCUGUUGGAUUUAUUCCCGUGAUUUGGUUAAAAGGUGAUCUGAAACGUUUGGCAGUGGAUACAAGUCAUAAUGAUAGUGGGAUUAGUCCUGAUCAGCAUCAUCAUUAUGUAGGCGGAUCACAUCAACAAGUUUAGUUUCUUCUCAUUCAAUAAUAUCCCUUUAUGAUACAGGCUAUGAUUCCUCCAUGUAUACUUAUUUACCAAAUCAAUAUCUUCUUUUUAAUAAAAAAAAAUUCCAAAC